AUGUUGUGGUUGGUAUUGAGAGAGUGGUUGGUUGUGAAGAUGGUCAUGGUGGGUAGAGAGACAGCAGUUGGUUGCGAAGAUGUUGUGGUGGGUAGUGAGACAGCGGUUGGUUGUGAAGAUGUUGUUGUUGGUACUGAGAUGGUGGUUGGUUGUGAUGAUGUUGUGAAAACUGGUGGCAUUGAAGGUUGUAGCAAUGACCAAGAAGUCAUUGAACAUAAUGCAAGGAUUGUGGAGGUUAUUGAAGAUAUUGGUCAUGACAACGGAUUGAAUUUAACUGAAGCUAACAUUACGGACAAAGGUACUUGCACUGUUAUUGAUAUAUUUCUAUUGACACAUACCUGGAAAUAACCUUAAAUAGGGCUGAUUAAAAUCCCAUCUCAAUCUGAUAAUCAGGCAUGAGUAUGUGUUGCCCCUGUUUAUAGUUAAACAUAUUUCAACUUGUCUAUUUUAGGAACACAGUUGAAAAAGAAAACCGACACAAAACAAGGACAAAAGCUGGCCUAUAUAUUGGGACUAACUGAGGAGGUAUCACAGUUUGACAAGGCAAGAAAGAGAUUGAGGACUUCACCCAACAAUAGUUAUCUGAUAAAAAAUACUUAGAUAUCUUACCAGUCAUGGAAACCAAGAUAUCACAGGAACAGUCUAGAAUCAAACAACAGCUAAGACAACGAGAGCAGCAACAUUUCGAUAAAACUGGAAAAUUACUAACAUCAAAAACCUUGCUAAAAGAUCCAACUUCAAAACUACUUAUGGACAAACUAAAAUACUGCAAAGCCCUGGUGGAUCAGUGGAAACUGGAGAAAAAAUGA